GAAGAAGCUCGACCAUUACAAAGCGAGAACACACCUACUGCAUAUCACACUUGGACCGUGAUAAAUUUGAUACCCACGACUUCCUCAAACAUGUAUGUCAGAUCGAGUCGGACUCGCAUCCUGCCGCUAUCCAAUAUCUCGGGAGGGACCCCAAGAAACCGACCCGCCAAGGCCCAAGGCGUCACCGGACGGCCCCGGGCGAUUCUGAACAAGAUUCUGACAGCGAACAUCAGCCAUCCCCCGUUCCAGUACGGACACCUAACUUCAACCAAGCUCGUAAAUCUCUUAUGCUUCCACCUACCACGCAAAUAGUGCUGCCAGAGAAUCGGACUCGGGAAGAAUCGGUGGCCGUAGAGGAUCAAAAGUGUACCAUCAAAAAAGAAAGUCUCCCUUCUCUGGACAGGAAGAAGUCUAUAUACCUCCAGAUCGCGGCAGUGACAAGUAAAACAGAAGAUAACACGUGUGCCAGCAGUGACUCAGAGUCGGAACACGACUCCGACAGCGAUCUGUUCCAUACCGAUGGAAAAAACAAAUCGUUCAUGGCGUGGAUGCAAGAUCAGAAAAGCGACAAAGACAAAAUUGCCCUGGCACGAAUUCAAUUUAAGCGAGUAGAUCCUCUUGUACAUAGAAGAAACGAAUUCCACAAGUGGUUAGCAGAUAGAAAAGAGCGAAGAGAUCGAAGUGAACGUAAAUAUUCUCAUCUUUUAGAACCGAGCGGCCAUGGCGACGUGAAUCAUUUGUUAGUACCUCAGAACCUGGCCACCAGCAAUGGGAUGUCUUCCCUAUCACCAACGGUCAGGCAAUUGCCAUCUUUUCACAGUGUCGGCAAAAUGGUAGGUAACAUGGCAAACAUGAAAAAGCGCCCAAUCAAAGACAGAAUGAGUGAAUUCUGUAAAAAGUGUGACGAUCUGAAACUAGAAAACGCAAAUGUCGAAUUGACGGACGCUCAAAAAAAGAGGCGCUGGAAAAUGAUGACCAAAGGAGUGCGAGCCGCUCUCGCCGAAUCUAGUGAUGAUGAUGACGAAGUGUAAAUGGUGUUUGAUUAAAAUUCUCUGCGGAUAUAAGUGCUUUACAGAAUGCUUUUAAUGGACCACGUCAUGGUAUUGUUAGACGAACCGUAAAGUGUUCCGUUGUAAAGUGAAUGCAAUACAUUUGAGAUAAAUGCCUUACAAUGACCAUCAAUUUGUGUAGUACUUUGACGUUACGGAAAACAGUGACGUUACAGUCUACGACAGUAAACAAUGACCUUACAGCCUAUAGCAGUAAACGGUAACGUAACAGUCGACAGCUGUAAACAGUGACGUAACAGUCUACAGCAGUAAACAGAGACGUUACAGUCUACAGCAGUAAACAGUGACGUUACAGUCUACAGCAGUAAACAGUGACGUUACAGUCGACAGCAGUAAACAGUGACGUUACAGUCUACAGCAGUAAACAGUGACGUUACAGUCUACAGCAGUAAACAGUGACGUUACAGUCUACAGCAGUAAACAGUGACGUUACAGUCUACAGCAGUAAACAGUGACGUUACAGUCUACAACAGUAAAUAGUGACGUUACAGUCUACAACAGUAAACAGUGACGUUAGUCUACAGCAGUAAACAGUGACGUUACAGUCUACAGCAGUAAACAGUGACGUUACAGUCUACAGCAAUAAACAGUAGCGUUACAGUCUACUGCAGUAAACAGUGAAGUUACAGUCGACAGCAGUAAACAGUGACGUUACAGUCUACAGCAGUAAACAGUGACGUUACAGUCGACAGCAGUAAACAGUGACGUUACAGUCUACAACAGUAAACAGUGGCGUUACAGUCUACAACAGUAAACAGUGACGUUACAGUCUACAGCAGUAAACAGUGACGUUACAGUCUACAUCAGUAAACAGUGACGUUACAGUCGACAGCAGUAAACAGUGACGUUACAGUCUACAGCAGUAAACAGUGGCGUUACAGUCUACAGCAGUAAACAGUAACGUUAGUCGACAGCAGUAAACAGUGACGUUACAGUUUACAGCAGUAAACAGUGACGUUACAGUCUACAACAGUAAACAGUGGCAUUACAGUCUACAGCAGUAAACAGUGACGUUAGUCUACAGCAGUAAACAGUGACGUUACAGUCUACAGCAGUAAACAGUGACGAUACAGUCGACAGCCGUAAACAGUGACGUUAGUCUACCUCAGUAAGCAGUGACGUUCCAGUCUACAACAGUAAACAGUGACGUUACAGUCUACAGCAGUAAACAGUGACGUUACAGUCUACAGCCGUAAACAGUGACGUUAGUCUACAGCAGUAAACAGUGACGUUACAGUCGACAGCAGUAAACAGUGAAGUUAGUCUACAGCAGUAAACAGUGACGUUAGUCUACAGCAGUAAACAGUGACGUUACAGUCUACAGCAGUAAACAGUGACGUUACAGUCUACAGCAGUAAACAGUGACGUUACAGUCGACAGCAGUAAACCGUGACAUUACAGUCGACAGCAGUUAACAGUGGCGUUACAGUCUACAGCAGUAAACAGUGACGUUACAGUCGACAGCAGUAAACAGUGACGUUACAGUCUACAGCAGUAAACAGUGACGUUAGUCUACAGCAGUAAACAGUGACGUUAGUCUACAGCAGUAAAGUGAUGUUACAGUCGACAGCAGUAAAUAGUGACGUUAGUCUACAGCAGUAAACAGUGACGUUACAGUCUACAGCAGUAAACAGUGACGUUACAGUCUAAACAGUAAACAGUGACGUUACAGUUUACAGCAGUAAACAGUGACGUUACAGUCUACAGCAGUGAACAGUGACGUUAGUCUACAGCAGUAAACAGUGACGUUAUAGUCUACAGCAGUAAACAGUGACGUUACAGUCUACAACAGUAAAUAGUGACGUUACAGUCUACAACAGUAAACAGUGACGUUACAGUCUACAGCAGUAAACAGUGACGUUACAGUCGACAGCAGUAAACAGUGACGUUACAGUCUAAACAGUGACGUUACAGUCUACAGCAGUAAACAGUGACGUUACAGUCUACAGCCGUAAACAGUGACGUUAGUCUACAGCAGUAAACAGUGACGUUACAGUCGACAGCAGUAAACAGUGACGUUAGUCUACAGCAGUAAACAGUGAUGUUACAGUCUACAGCAGUAAACAGUGACGUUACAGUCUACAGCAGUAAACAGUGACGUUACAGUCUACAGCAGUAAAUAGUGACGUUACAGUCUACAGCAGUAAACAGUGACAUUACAGUCUACAGCAGUAAACAGUGACGUUAGUCUACAGCAGUAAACAGUGACGUUAGUCUACAGCAGUAAACAGUGACGUUACAGUCUACAGCAGUAAACAGUGACGUUACAGUCUACAGCAGUAAACAGUGAUGUUAGUCUACAGCAGUAAACAGUGACGUUAGUCUACAGCAGUAAACAGUGACAUUAGUCUACAGCAGUAAACAGUGACGUUAGUCUACAGCAGUAAACAGUGACGUUACAGUCUACAGCAGUAAACAGUGACGUUAGUCUACAGCAGUAAACAGUGACGUUAGUCUACAGCAGUAAACAGUGACGUUAGUCUACAGCAGUAAACAGUGACAUUAGUCUACAGCAGUAAACAGUGACGUUAGUCUACAGCAGUGAACAGUGACGUUAGUCUACAGCAGUAAACAGUGACGUUAGUCUACAGCAGUAAACAGUGACGUUACAGUCUACAGCAGUAAACAGUGACGUUACAGUCUACAGCAGUAAACAGUGACGUUAGUCUACAGCAGUGAACAGUGACGUUAGUCUACAGCAGUAAACAGUGACGUUAGUCUACAGCAGUAAACAGUGACGUUACAGUCUACAGCAGUAAACAGUGACGUUAGUCUACAGCAGUGAACAGUGACGUUAGUCUACAGCAGUAAACAGUGACGUUACAGUCUACAGCAGUAAACAGUGACGUUACAGUCUACAGCAGUAAACAGUGACGUUAGUCUACAGCAGUGAACAGUGACGUUACAGUCUACAGCAGUUAACAGUGUAAUAUUUUUGAAGAUAAAGAUUCAAAUAGAGCUGAGAAGACUUUGAAUGAUUUGUCAAAUAUUUUAGCUUCGGCAUGAUCAGGAUUGUGUACACCGAUUUCUACAUUUUAUACGAGAUUAAGUUAAUUUUGAUGUUGUGAUAUUCUCACCUUUGUCCGGAUUGACUGCAGGAAGAACGCUAACAGUAGUGCCACACAUCCAUUAUAUUUAAUAGUUCAAAUUGCUUUAUGGAUAAGACAAUUCACCAUAUAUCACAGUUGUUUUGAUCGGUCAGUCAUGAGUGUCUUAGACAAUGGACAAUUCAUAAACAAUGAGCUGUUAGUCUUGCUCUAGUGUUAGGAUAUGUUUAUAAGAAUCGGUUGGUCGAUUUCUGUACAUCUCAUAACCCGGUGAACUGUCAUUGAGGUAAUGUAUUACCUUGCAUGGUUCAAAUUUAUGUUAUAGUCAGAGAAGUUUCAAUUUGUAUGCACUAAUUAUCAAUAAAAACGUUCAGGCCACAGAUCAUGCUUGGUUUAGGGUUUCUUUAAUACACAACAAGAAAACUAAUAUAUAACUAAAACAACCAGGUAUUUAUCACAUUUUAUUUUUCUUUUACAUUCCGUUAUCCAAGCCAAUGGAUAAUACACUGAACAUUUCACAUGAGACGAAUUCAACAAAGGGAGAUAAUGCUUUAUGGAAUGUUUCCGUUUCCCAUGAUUAGAAUUUAGAAAUUCAAAUAAAAUAGGGCAAAAUGAAUCCUUACUUGGAAAUCGUAAUGUACUGAUCAUUUAAAUGGUAUGAUUGGCAAAAAAA